AUGCAAGGUCUGGACUAUUUCAGCCGGGCCCUGGUUCCUGUUUGAACUUUUCAACUUCCCUGCAAAGACUACCUCAUCCACUUUUGACUUCUCCGGCAUGUUUAAGCAGGACCUGCUCUGACUCUCCGGGACCCCAGAUGAUCAUCAGGAAUGGGAGGAGAUGGACCAGGCUUGGGGCCCCACACUGGACUUUUGGGGGUAAGACACUGACUAUUUAGAACAUAGUACUGAAGAGUAGUGCUGUUGUUUACUGUACUGUGUCCUGAAAUGACACACCUACUGUGAUUUGGAGUUCCCCGCCAACUGGAAUACCCUCCUUGAAGAAUCAGAAGCACUUCCAGACGAAGAAAAGUCUUCAGUACAAGUUGUUUUCUUGGAAACCUGCUCACCUCUGGAUCUUGGCUCUGAUCACCCGGACUGCGCCCUGCAGAGCUGAUAAGCUAAAGGAAGAAAAACAAUACCUGGAAAACCUCACCUCUCUGAAACCAUGAACGAGGAAGCAGAGAUAGCAGAACAGAAAGACUGGAGCGAGCUUGAACCCAACUACCCCGUCAAAAUCUUCCUGACAAUCCUUUACAGCCUCAUCCUGGUGACGGGUAUCGUGGGUAAUUCAGUCACUAUCAGAGUGACACAAGUGCUGAAGCGUAACGGCUAUCUGCAGAAGAACGUGACCGACCACAUGGUCAGCCUGGCGUGCUCGGACUUACUGGUGCUCCUCAUCGGCAUGCCGGUGGAGCUCUACAGCGCCAUCUGGUUCCCGUUCACGUCAGCAUCAGGAAACACUUCCUGCAAGAUCUACAACUUCUUGUUCGAGGCUUGCAGCUACGCCACCAUCCUCAACGUGGCCACGCUUAGCUUUGAGCGCUACGUGGCUAUCUGCCACCCGUUUCGCUUCAAAGCGCUGGGCGGGAAACGUACCUCGGCCCUCAUCACCUUCGCCUGGCUGGUGUCCGUGCUCGUGGCCCUGCCGUUGCUGAUUGCCACGGGAACUCAGGGGCACAUCCCCUUCCGAGCUGACACUCCCGCCCAGAAUCUGACCUUCUGUACCAAUCUGAGGGAGCGCUGGGUGAUGUACAGGAGCAGCAUCUUUGUGGCUUUCAUCGUCUACAUGGUCGUGUUGAUCUGCGUGGCCUUCAUGUGCCGCGCCAUGAUCCUCGUGCUUCGGAAGCCUUUGGGAACAGGAUCCAUGGAUGGCGGCCUCAACGGAAUUCAAAGACCACCCAAGCACGAAAGUUCAAAAGUCAAGACAGCCAGGAAGCAGACCAUCAUUUUUCUUGGUCUCAUUGUGGGAUCCUUGAUGGUGUUCUGGCUUCCCAACCAGAUUCGUCGUCUUAUGACUGCUGCCGUGCCCAAGUCACACUGGACUAUUUCCUUCUUCCGGACCUACGCCACUCUCCACCCUGUGGCCGACACCUUCUUUUACCUCAGCUCUGUCCUCAACCCGUUCCUCUACAACCUGUCCUCCCGACAGUUCAGGGAUGUUUUUGUCCAGGUGCUGCGGUGCCACCUCACCAUCGAACACAUCAACAAGCGGACCGUGCGUAACUCCCACGCCGCCUCUGCGCGGUCCUUCCAGCCGCUACUGAUUAGGUCAUUGCGUCGCAACAAGGCUAACCAAUCCACCAUUGCACAAGAGAAAACCCCUCCAUCCUUUACAACCUUUCAGCAAAGUGACUCUGGAAUAGCUUCUGAUACUCAAAUGUCUCUCAGCCUGACUGAAGAGUCGGAUUCAAAUCUCAAAAGAAAAACAGGUGUACAAUCAGAGACUGAAGUAUAAUGUGCUGUACAAUUUAAUGCAACACAGUGAAAACAUACCAAGGAUGCUUGUGCUGUGCCAUCAGAAACAAAUACAGAGAUAUUCCUUAUACACAGAAAACACAGUACAAAGUAGGUCAGAAAUUUCACUGACAGAUCAAGCUCAGCUGAAAAUUUGGCACAAUAGCAAGUUUGAUGGGACUCCCCAAAAGAGACAUUUAAUGGAAUAUGAAUUGUCAAGUCAGAAAAUUAUUACACAAAGCUCAAAUGUUCAGUUAAGCAUGAAGACCCCACAGCUUGAGUUAAAGUUAAAGGUACCCAGUGGAGUAUUUGACCACUAGCAGUGCUACGGAGCACUGUUUUAAUCUACUUCUUGUGCUUUAGUUCUGCAGAGGGCAGAACGGCAUAUGUGUAGUACAACAGCACUGAGCCGGAAGGCGAUUUUGGAGUGGCGGCCUCAGUUGGAACAACAGGUCAUUUGACAUGCACUGGCCCAAAAGGACAUUAAUUACAAAAAGGAAUGGUAACUGUAUAAGCAUCACAAACGCCCUCAAAUAACUUUGUAGUUUCAGAUCUUCUGUCUUUAUCUGUGCCUCGAGUGAAUAACUAAUCAGAUUUCCAGAUGACGUAAAUGUUCCCAUGUACAAGAGGUUGAUGUUAACUGACAUAUCAAAUAAAGUAUUAGUCGUGUGCUGCC